CAAGAAUUACAAAAGGAGGAGACAAAGACAAGCAGUUCAAAUUACACGAAGAAAACGGAGAGUCAGAGAAUUUAGCAAUUAUCAUAAUUCAUAAAUAUCCCCUCACCCUCCAACGCUUUUGAAAUUAACGAUCUGCUUUUAUUUAUUUGAUGUCCUCUUGGCAAGAAAAAGAAAUCCCUUUUUUUUUCUUCGGCGAAGAAAAGUAUCAACUUUCUUUUGUUUAAUUUUCUGGGAUUUUUUAUUCAUGUUUUUCAAACAGUUGCAGUAAAGUGGCUGUGGAGAACUUAUAUCUCUUUUGAUAGAUGAAGAUGGAUUACAAGGGGCAAAUCGGAGUUCAAUCUCAUGUUGAAAUGGGACCAUUAGAUGGGGCAAUGCAUGAUCUCGAUGAUGACUGCCUCUUUUCCACUGAAAUGGAUGCUCAAAAGACACAACCUAUUCUUUCAAACCAACGUUUUCCGUUCUCUGUUUUGCCUGUUGGUGGCUAUAAAAUGACAAGGAAUGGUGUUUAUAAGAGCAUAAAGACCGUAGUUUUCUCAAAUAAACUCAACUUGCUCAUGCCUUUCGGGCCUCUAGCAAUCAUGGUUCAUAAAAUGAGUUCUAGUAAUGGUUGGGUCUUCUUUCUAAGCUUACUAGGUAUAACACCUUUGGCGGAGCGUUUGGGUUAUGCUACUGAGCAGCUGGCUUUUUACACUGGACCUACAGUUGGUGGUCUUCUGAAUGCUACGUUUGGGAAUGCAACCGAAUUGAUUAUUUCAAUUUAUGCACUGAAAAGCGGAAUGACGCGAGUUGUUCAGUUAUCAUUGUUGGGCUCAAUUUUGUCAAAUAUGCUACUUGUUCUUGGAUGUGCAUUCUUUUGUGGUGGGCUUGUACAUUAUGGGAAGGAACAAGUCUUCAGCAAGGCCACAGCUGUUGUCAAUUCAGGACUGCUGCUGAUGGCAGUCAUGGGUCUACUCUUUCCAGCAGUCCUCCACUACACACACACUGAACGGCAAGUUGGGAAGUCGGAGUUGGCUCUUUCGAGAUUUAGCAGUUGUGUUAUGCUUCUAGCUUAUGCUGCCUAUCUUGUUUUCCAGUUAAAGAGUCAAGAUGAUAACUAUGUCCCUGUUGUCGAGGAAGAAAGCCACAAUGGGGAGGUAGAAGAUGGUGAUGAAGCUCCAGAAAUUUCCAAAUGGGAAUCAAUAAUUUGGCUUGCUAUCAUGACUGCUUGGAUUUCCAUCCUGUCGGACUAUUUGGUGGAUACCAUAGAGGGGGCAUCUGAUGCAUGGAAUGUGCCAAUCGCAUUUAUUAGUGUUAUCUUGCUCCCCAUAAUCGGGAAUGCUGCUGAGCACGCAAGCUCUAUCAUGUUUGCCAUGAAAGACAAGCUUGACAUAUCCUUGGGAGUGGCGAUAGGGUCAUCAACUCAGAUUUCUAUGUUUGGGAUACCUUUUUGUGUUGUUAUUGGUUGGAUGAUGGGACGGGAAAUGGACUUGAACUUCCAGCUUUUUGAGACAGCAACUCUCUUCAUUACUGUUAUAGUUGUAGCUUUUUUUCUGCAGGAGGGAACAUCCAACUACUUCAAAGGACUAAUGCUUAUACUUUGCUAUCUGAUAGUCUCUGCGAGUUUCUUCGUACAUGAAGAUCCUUCGGCAACUGGUCAAAACAAGAUACCGAAAACAUGACGAG